AUGGGGGACUGGAACCUACUGGGCAGCAUCUUGGAGGAGGUCCACGUCCACUCCACCAUCGUGGGGAAGAUCUGGCUGACCAUCCUCUUCAUCUUCCGCAUGCUGGUCCUGGGCGUGGCCACGGAGGACGUGUGGGACGACGAGCAGAGCGAGUUCGUCUGCAACACCGAGCAGCCCGGCUGCAAGAACGUGUGCUACGACCAGGCCUUCCCCAUCUCCCUGAUCCGCUACUGGGUGCUGCAGAUCAUCUUCGUGUCCUCGCCCUCGCUGGUGUACAUGGGCCACGCCCUCUACCGCCUCCGGGCCCUGGACAAGGAGCGCCACCGCAAGAAGGCGUGGCUGAAGGCGGAGCUGGACGGCGGCGAGCCCCUCCAGGAGGACCAGCACCGCAGGAUGGAGCGUGAGCUGCGGCGGCUGGACGAGCACCGCAAGGUGAGGAAGGCCCCCCUGCGGGGGGCGCUGCUGCGCACCUACGUCUUCCACAUCCUGACGCGCUCGGUGGUGGAGGUGGGCUUCAUCGUGGGCCAGUGCGCGCUCUACGGCAUCGGCCUGGCGCCGCUCUACAAGUGUGAGCGCGACCCGUGUCCGAACAGCGUGGACUGCUUCGUGUCGCGGCCCACCGAGAAGAACAUCUUCCUGGUGUUCAUGCUGGUGAUCGCCGGGGUCUCCCUGAUCCUCAACCUGCUGGAGAUCUUCCACCUCGGCCUGAAGAAGAUCAAGGACAGCCUGUACGGCUCCAAGUACGACGACGAGGACAGUGUCUGCCGCUCCAAGAAGAACUCCCUGGCGCACCCCGCCUGCCACCUGUCCAACUCCUCCCCCCCGCGGACGCUGCACCUCGCCCAGACCGCCGCCGGCUCCCUGGCCCACGACGGCCAGCCGGGCGGUCGCCCCUUCCACCCGGGGCCGGCGGGGGCCCCCCAGCACCACCCGGACGGGGCCCCCUUCGACACCAACGCCCCGGGAGGCGCCUCCGACCAGCGGCCCCGACCGCUCCCUGUGUGCCUGCACCAGCUGGGGGCGGUGGGGCGCCGCUACACCCUGGACGACCCCCGGAAGCCCUCGUGCAGCAGCGAGGAGUCGGCCGGGGCCCAGGGCGUGGGGCCCCAGAGGUACGCCGGGGCCCAGCCGAGGGCCACCCUCACCGAGCUCCCGGCCGCCCUGCGGAGCGCCCAGCGCAAGCAGAGCCGCGUGAGCAGCGGCUGCAAGGAGCCGCUGAGCGACCUGAGCGACUCGCCCGAGAGCGGCCACCACCCCACCGCCAGGAAGGCCAGCUUCAUGUCCCGGGGCAUGUCCGAGAGCCGGCUGGCCAGCCUGUGCAGCAGCGGGGACUCCCAGAGCGGCCUGGACGUGGAGGCCCAGCGCCUGGCGCAGGGAGACAGCCCGCCCUGCACGCCCCCGCCCACCACAGGCGGCCGCAGGAUGUCUAUGAGCAUGAUUCUUGAGCUGUCGUCCAUCAUGAAGAAAUAA